UCACCCCGCUCCUUUCUUCCCACCUCGAUAUAUGCUACUGCGCUUCCUUCGAAACAUUACUACCAAAGCAAGCAUGUCCCACCCUCCCGCCUCCGUGGAGCUCUCCACGGCAAUCAGUGCCGUCUCGCGCGCCUCGCUCGCAACCAGCUCAGUCUUUCGCUCAAUCCCAUCCUCCCUUACAAAGGAAGACAAGUCCCCAGUCACUCUGGGAGACUUCGCCGCACAAGCAGUCGUCAAUAGCGUGCUGCACGCUCAUUUUUCUCAGGACAAGAUCGUCGCAGAGGAGGAGGCGAGUGCUCUCAAGGAGAAUGGCGAAUUAAGGGGCAAGGUGACGGCAUUGGUCAAGGAGGCGCUCCAGCGAGACGAGGCUGGAUUGACGGGGCAAAAGGAUUUCAAGCCGCAGUGGACAGAGAAGGCAGCUAGUGACGAGGCCGUAAUGGAGAGCAUUGACCUCGGGUCCUACUCUGGCGGCUCGAGUGGUCGCUUCUGGACGCUCGACCCCAUCGACGGCACCAAGGGCUUCCUCCGCGGAGGACAGUAUGCCGUCUGCCUCGCACUCGUCGAGUCCGGUAAGCCAACCUUGGCCGUCAUGGCCUGCCCCAACUUGCCGUUCACGAAGGACGUUCCCAAGCCACAAGAAGGCGACCGAUCAGGUGUAGACGGGGGCGGAUCACUCUUCGUCGCCGUCAAGGGCGGAGGAGCAUGGCAACGCUCCCUCAACCUCAGCGCCGCCUCCGCCUCUUUCCAGCCCAUCUCAAUGCGCCCGCGUGAUGCCUCCCUCACAUUUUGCGAAUCAGUCGAGGCUGGCCAUUCGUCGCAGGGAACCAACGCAGAAAUUGCCAAGCUCCUCACCAUCACCGCCCCACCGGUCCGCAUGGACUCUCAAGCUAAGUAUGCCUCCGUCGCACGGGGGGAUGGUGAUGUCUACCUGCGCCUGCCUACGGGCAAGGGAGAGUACCAGGAGAAGAUCUGGGAUCACGCUUCGGGCCAGCUGCUCUGCGAGGAGGCUGGGGGAAAGGUCACAGACUGUUCGGGUAAAGACCUGGAUUUCGGACAGGGCAGGACCCUGAAGCUUAACAAGGGUGUGGUGGUCGCGCACAGGGACGCGCAUGAGGAGGUGCUCAAGGCAGUACAGGAGGCGCUGGAGAAGGAGGGCAGGGGGUAUCUUGCGAGGGGCGAGCCCGCACCGGCGCUGUAAGGCUAUGCUAAUAUGAGAAGCUCUCCGUCCGAAUGUCAACAACGCCCGCUGCGGCUAAGGCCUGCUUGGCCGCUUGCUCGAAGGGGCGAGCGCCGCAGAUGUAAGCGAUACGGCCGGCGAAUGCUUCACAGGGCAGCUUGAAGGUUCCGGCGUCGCUGUUGCUUUCGCCAGCUUCGCUGAACGAAGAUGGCGUAAGACGAGUGCCGUACCACGCCGUUGCCCGCGGAGAGAGAAUAGUGGACUUCUUGAGAUGGGCAGCCUCACCAUCCUGCUCAUCCGCCUUCACCAGAUAGUGAACCCGCAGUUCCUCCUCGCUCCCUGCAUAUCGUGCGGCAUCCUCCACAAGCCCCCGCAUCGCCUCGAGCUCGUCUGCUCUACAGGCCACGAUAGCCAGCACAUCC